UUUUCAACUGUCUCUCCCGGUUGUCAUACAGCCAACUUCGGCCGGUUCAUACCCCUACGUCAAUGAUGCAGACUCCCCGCUUAGAACUGGUUCGACUUGAAGCACACCAUGUGCCUGACUACCACGCCAUUUGGUCAGAUCCCAUCGCGACUCGGUGGAGCCCUCACGGUCGCUGCGAAACCGUUGAAGCCAGCGAGAAAUGGAUGGCAGAGCUACUGCUUGACGUGAACCCCCUGGGAGAAAAUUAUGCGGUCCUACUUCGAUCCGAAAUCAGUUCGAGUAAUGGCCAUCCAGGCGAUUCUGCAAGCGAAACAGUGCUUCGGCCAGGUGGCUUUCUUGGAUGGGUGGGAACUUGGAGGUCAGAACCCAUCCCAGAGGUUGGCUUCAUUUUUAAUCGAUCGGCAUGGGGCUUUGGUUUUGCGACGGAAGCGUUGAAUGCUUUUGUCCAAUUAUACUGGCAAGCUAAGCCACAGUUUGACAUCCUGGAGGCAUACUGCGACGCCGAGAAUGAGGCUUCCGUCAAAGUCUUGCGGAAAUGUGGCUUCACAUUCGAGGAACAUAUCGCGGGUGAUUACGUUCUGCCUUGGAUGGAGCCGUCUCUUCGAAGUAGCCUUCGAUUCCGUGCGACUAGGCCGUCAGUUAAGACCUCAUCAUUUGAAUCCACGAAGCUCUUCACAGAACGUGGGUAAACCGAAGCUUCCUUGACUCAUGCCCUUGAUCAACCACUCCUUCAUCACGCCAGCCAACGCACCGGGACCUCCCGCGGCGUUCCAUAGCUCGCACCGAGGAUGGUGGCUUGAC